AUGAGACUCUCGCUCUUUUGGUUAUCACUCGCUGGCGCUGUGUCUGCUGCCUUGCCAAGUAUCAACGUUACAGGUAAUGCAUUUCUCAACUCCGAGACAGGAGAGAGAUUCUACAUCAGAGGUGUUGAUUACCAACCGGGAGGAUCGUCCAAUUUGACGGACCCGCUUGGCGAUGUUGAAAGUUGCUCCAGAGAUAUCCCAUACUUCCAGGAGCUUGGCCUCAACACUAUCAGAGUGUACUCCGUCGAUAACACCUUGGAUCACUCCGAGUGUAUGCAGAAGCUGGAUGAUGCAGGAAUUUACCUAAUUCUUGAUGUCACCACACCAGGAGCUUCGAUUUCCAGAAGCAACCCAAACUGCUCUUACAACGCCGAUUUCUUGCAAAGCAUCUUUGCAACGGUUGAUGCGUUUGCCGACUACGACAACGUUCUUGGUUUCUUCGCUGGUAACGAAGUCGUCAACGAUGAGUCCGUCUUGGACACCGCUCCAUACAUCAAGGCAACCGUGAGAGACUUGAAAAAGUACAUCAAGGCCAGGAACUACAGAAGCAUCCCUGUUGGUUACUCUGCUGCUGAUGUUUCCUCUGUCAGACUCGAUCUUGCUCACUACCUCAACUGUGGUAAUGACUCUACUGCGAGAGUCGACAUGCUUGGUGUCAAUGACUAUUCUUGGUGUGGACACUCUUCUUUCACCCAAUCGGGAUACUCUCAAAAGGUGAAGUCAUACACUGGUUACUCUGCUCCUAUCUUCCUCUCCGAGUACGGAUGCAACACUCAGGGUACCAGAGAGUUUUCUGAGGUUGCUUCGAUCUACUCUACUCAGAUGUCUUCUGUUUUCUCUGGUGGACUUGUUUACGAGUACUCUCAAGAAGCUGAUAAUUACGGAUUGGUGGAGAUCAACGGCGACUCUGUCACCACCUUGGACGACUUCAACAACCUCAAGGAUAUGUUGAACUCCACCACGGACCCGACUGGCGACGGAGGAUAUGUGACCACCAACACUGCAUCCAGCUGUCCUACCGGCUGGGACUUUGACAUUAAUGUUCCAGAUACCCCGUCGGACGCUUCAUCGUUGUUCGAGAAGGGAGCUGGUGAAGGAUCCGGAUUCGACGCCGAGACCCAAGAAUCCUGUGAUGGCAGUUUUGACUACUCCGAUGUUUCUAGCUCCGAAGUUGUUUCUAGCUCUACCAAGACGUCUGCCUCGUCUACCAAAACUUCAGCAACGACUUCCUCGUCGACCUCAUCUGCUUCCCAGACUUCCUCUUCCUCGAAGGGCGAAGCUGCUCAGCUGAGCGUUGGAAGCUUAAGUUCCGUUUUGGUCCUGGUUUCUGUGCUUUUCUUAUAA